AUGGGCGCAACCGGAGAGGGAAGUGACCUCGAUCCCACCAAAGGAGAGGGUCUCUACUUGGCAGUAACGACCGGCUUCUCGAAAGCUCGGGCAGAGGAUGGCCGCAUUCUAUCCUCGCCGUUGACAGAGGCUGUCAAGACAAUUAUUCCUGUGUACGACACAAUCUUUGGAGCGGGAAUGGUGGCCAACCUGCUGAAGAAGGAUCUCACUAACUCGAGCUCGAAGGUGAGAGAGGCGACGGAAAAGCAGGUGCAAGAGGAGCCUGCAGCAGGACCGGUGACGGUCGAUAUGCUGAUCGACUACGAAGUCAAGAAGUACGGCGUUGCCUUCUUGCGAAAAGACGCCAACAACGGAGUGAAGAAUCUUCUGUGGAUGAAGCGUGCCCUCGAUUUCAUCAUUGGAUUCCUCGAAAAUGUGAUUUUCAAGAUGAAGGGCAAAACGGCCAAAGAGUGCGCGACGGAGGUCUACCAGUGUGUCCUGAAGCCCUACCAUGGCUUCAUGGUUUCCAACGUCGUCAGCCUGGCCUUCAACUUGUGCCCGACGCGAGAGGAGCUGUGCAAGAAACUUGGUUUUGAGGACGAAGCUAUCAUUGAGGAUCGUGUCCACAAAAUCUCCGAGGUGUGCAGGCCACUUCUCGAUGAAAUGAGUGCGAUGCUAGAGAAGGCGGGCUGCAACUUUCCAGACAAAGUUUAA